AUGGAAGAAAUAUUUAAUAACCUCAUUUUAACUCUAAAAAAUGAACAGCCGGAUAUAAAAGUUCACUGUGAAAAAGGAAUGAAUAGUAACUACGAAAAUAUAGAACCGUGGAAUAAUGAAGAGAAAGAGUUAUGCAGGAAUAUGAUGUCAGUAAUGUUAUAUACAAAUGGGUUGACGCAAAAUUUAACAGUAAGAAAUAAGGUCGACGGUGAGGAUAUAGUGGACACGUACCUUCGGUGUGUAGUGGGAAAUGCAGUAUUAGUAGAAUUAUAUGGAAGCAACUGCCGCUUUGAAAAGGUACUUCCACAUGUGUCAGGAAUGGUAGGAGGAAUGGUGGAUGCCCACUUAAGGGAUAAAACGGAUGAAAAGUGUAGUGCAUUCAAUCGUGAAGAUGCAAGAAUAGGAGGAAAACUAAUUAGUCAAACCAUAAAGGAAUGGAUAGACGAAGGAGGGUGGAAGAGUGAUAAGAACGUGCGGAAUUACACUGCAAUAGAGAAACAAGGGGAAAAUUGUAAUGGGCAGGAAACAAGUGGAAAAGGCAGAAAGGAAACAGAAGGGGAGGACGAAAAUGAGGAAGGGAAGGACAUAGAAGAAAAAGUAAGCGGAUUAAAGGAUAUAAUGGAUGCAGGAAAAACAGUAUCUCAGGAAGGAGCAGACGAAGUAGUGAAGAAAAUGGAUCCUAAUGAUAGUGAGGAUGAAAUGAGAAGAAAACUGGAAAGUGAAAUUCAAAGCAGAGUGAAGGAAGAGAAAGCAGAAGCUCAGAAGGCAGCACUAUCGAGUAAUCCAAAGCAGGUAGGUGAUGACUGCAAGGAGGAAAACUUAUGUAAACGAGCGAACUGUGUAACAACACAAUGGUUUAAGAUUCGAAAAGAUGCAAGCAUAGGAAAUCAGAACUGGUGUAACUUUUGGGAUUAUGAUGUCAAUAAUAGACUGAAGCAAUUAUCUAGUGAUAUGACUAAUGGAAAUGGGAGCGAUGAUAACCUAUGCAAAAAAGUUAAUAGAGAAGGGAAGGUCGCGACGGAAGCAGAGAAAACGGCUUGCCAAUAUAUUACGAAAGGUUUAAAGCAUAUAUACGAAGUUCAGGUGGAUUCGGAGAAUCGAAAUCAAGAUCAAGCAAGAAGUAAUAGACCAUUUUAUCAAACUAUGGCAUGCGUCCUACUGAACACCUAUGCUGACAAAUUUAAAGAAAAGAAUCCUACUUGUAUCACGGAAUAUACUAUAAAGAAGGCAUUUGAAAUCGGAAAUUCAAAGAUGAGCGCAUGGUGUGUGGAUACUAAUGGUAAGAGUAAUGAUUGUGUUACUUGCACAAGGGACACGAGCUAUGUAAAUUGCACACUAAGCGUGGACAAUUCUCUAUGGACAACAACUAAAAGCACAGGUGGAACAUGUAAAAAAGACGGAAAUAAUAUAAAGGAAGAAAUGGAUGGUCUGUUCCAGAACAAUACCGAAAUAACAGCAUCUCUAACUAGCAUAAAUAAUAACUUCUGCACACGCAUAAAAUGUGUAGCAGAGAAGUGGAGGUGGCAUAGGGAGAAAAAGGGAAAUGCAUACCCAGACUGGCUGAGUAAAUUCUGGGAACCUGACGUCAAGAAUGAAUUAGGAAGACUCUCUAAGGAUAUAGUUGAUAAAAAUAAAGCCACAGACGUCGAUGGUCUGUGUGAGAACAUUAAAAAUGUACAUAAUGGAAUGGAAGAAUCAAACAAAGCAGCAUGUAAUUACAUUGUUAAGGGUUUAGAACAUAUAUAUAAAAUUACAAAGGGGAAGGACAGCAGCGACCACGAGAUGGUUCUGGACAACCAAAUAUUCCAUCGAACUAUGUCUUGCGCCUUAUUAAAUGCAUUUGCGGAUAAAUUAGAGCAGCUGAAACCUUGUUCCCCCAAGGCAGGCGUGGAACACGCAUUUAAUGCCGGAAAAAGUCUCUUUAAUCAACUAUGUACACAGAAGAAUGACGCUAAUUGUGUUGAGUGCACAAGGGAACAUAACUUUAAAGGUUGUGAAAUAGUCGAUACGACGAAGAAGAAUAGGAAAGAUAAGGUAGAGGAGAAGGUGAAUGAACUGCUCGGGAAGGAUGACAACAUAAAAAAAACUCUGUCUACUAUAAGUUCUCUAAAUAAAACCUUAUGUAAACGUGCACAGUGCGUAGCACAUACAUGGAGAGAGAUAAGAAAAACUUCUGAGGGAAAAUAUCCAGAGUGGAAUACUAUGUGGGGGAAUCAGGAUAUCGGACGCCUACUGAGUGACCUGUCUAAUGCUAUGAACAACAAGGACGCAACCAUAGAUAAUCACUGUGAAAACAUUAACGGGACAGAUGGUACAGUCUAUAAGGAAGCAAAUAGAAAAGCAUGUCAAUUCAUUGUUAAGGGAUUAAAAAAUAUAUAUAAAAUUGGGACAACAGAGGGUGAUAAUAACCCUGAGGAGAACAAACAAUUUAAUCAAACUAUAUCCUGUUUCUUACUAAAUGUGUAUGCCGAUAUAUUGGAAAAUCAGAAUCCAUGUAAACCGAAGGAAGGUGUGAAUAAAGCCUUCAGUUUCACUUCACAAAUUAAGGAAGGAACAAAGUGCGAGGAUGAUCCUACUUGUUUUGAAUGCACAAGAGAUACCAGUUUUAAAGACUGCAAAAUAAACGUAAAAACAGACAGACAAACAAUAGCGCAGAGAAUGAAAGGAAUGCUGAACAGUGAUGGUGGAAUAAAGACAACUCUGCAGGAUCUAUGCCCGAAACCACCAUCUGAACUUCGUGAACGAUCUGAAGAGGUCCAAGAACAAGUCCCGGUACCAGCACCAUCAGCAACAGAUCCAGAUAAUAGUCCGGCAACAGUACCUAAAACAGCAGAAAAUGGGCAAGGUAAGUGUACAGGAAGGGACAGCCUUGAUGGAGGUGUAAAACUUUGUGCUUCAGUUCCUAUUGGUGUUAAGGAUACUAGGCCUGCAAGCGUUGAUAUCAGUACUCCUGCUGUAGCGCGAAGUGAUGAUAACGAUCUUCCUCCAGGUGUUGAUAUCUCCAUAUUCAAGGACAGCAGAAUAACUCUGGACCAACCUCCUUUAGACCCUUCUUCAGGUGUACAGUUGGUCCUACGAGUGACAAGGGUGAUCCAGGUGUCCCUGGGCGUGCUACUCUUAGUUCAGGUGGUGGUAAUCCCGGUGGCCCUAGUCAACUUGAUGCUGGUCCAGGUGGAGGGGGCUAGUGCCUCAGGUGGAAGAUUAGGUAGGAAGGGGGGAGGAGGAGGUAAAGGUGCUUUAAAAUCACCCCAGGUUGUAGGAGUAGGGAAUGUGUUGAAGGAAAGGGUUGACCUCCUUACCCCAUACCUUCCUGUAAUCCCUGUCUUCAUUGGUAUUUCUGCUAUGACCUACCUACUUUGGAAGUAUUUUACCCGCGGUAAGCGAAGACGACGUCAUAGAAGAGAGGAACACUUAACCUCUUACCCCUUGGAAGAACAAUUCCUUGAUCAUGUGGAUGACCAGGAUGAUGGUCCACAUGAAUAUACGUUAAUAAAGAAACGCAGACAACCAAGAUCUACUCCAACGGGAAGAACGAAGAGGCCAGAAAAGCGUGCUGGUCGCCGUGGUGUGGGUCGCCGCAUGAUUAUUGAUAUUCAUUUAGAAGUCUUAGACGAAUGUCAAAGGGGGGACACACAAUUGGCCCAGAAUGACUUUUUUGAAAUUUUGGUUCGAGAAUUCAUGGGAAUCGAAUUUAUAAAGGAGAAAAACGUUCCUAAUGUUAAUGUUCCAAAUGAAGAGGUUCCAAGUUCAGAUUCCGAGUUUAGGGUUUAG